AUGGAGAAGCCCUUUGCUGGACAAUGGCUGAUCGAUGAUAAGGAUCUCGCCGCAGACAACAUCCUAUGGGAAACAAUUUGCUGCCCUUGCAUUAUUUACGGCCGAUCCGAAAAGGCUUACGAAAAUGCUUUCGAUAGGGCGCUUGAAUGUGAUACACCGCCGAAUGGCCAUGUUCGAUUCAAGGUCAACAAGAAAGGAAUCUCGAAGCCUCUGAAUGGCCCGGACAUUUCUCUGCCCUGCUUGGGAUUUGCUGCCUGCUUGCCUUUCUAUGGUCUCUUCAUCUCCAACCUGCGUACAAAUGUUCGCAAUCUCUACAACAUCGAAGGAACCCGCAGCGAUGACAGGUUAUGGGGCUGCUGCUAUCCAGUUGAUAGCCUCAUUCAGAUCGAACACGAGCUCAUCAAUCAUGGACAUCAUCGGAGACGCAGUUGCUGCGGGUAUGAGACCGAACCCUCAAUGACCACAUCCGCGAGCACUUCCCGAUCGCACAGCAAGGCCACCACUUGUGAUACGGAACCCGGUGAAAACCUUCCCUGUAUCCCCGAAGAUUCAUCCGAGUGCACGUCUCCAACUUCAUCUGCAAGCAGCCGAAGCAAGCCCCGGGAGAGGUCAAUCGCUCAAGAUCCAGUUGCACCGACUGACGCAACGCUUGACCACAGUCACGACCUCUCCAAAGAUCCCAGAGGACCAUAUCGAACCAAUGCACCUCACCAGUUGAAGAGUGACACUUCUGCUCCUGUGUAUCCGCCUUCAAUUCAUCAGCUUCGAACCGAUACCAAGGCGCCUGCCAGUCCACCUGCAGUUCAUCGACACGAUUUGUUUCAGGAUGCAAACGAGACAAAUGAGACCCAAGCCAAUCACGACAUUGGAUUCGAUCAAGUUGCAACAUACCGAGCUAGUCCGGAUCAUCUACUUCGGCAUGACGAAAAGACGCCGGGAGCAUUUCCUUCAGCUCAUCAUUUGCACCACGAUACGGUGGUCCGGACCAAAGCACCACGACAACAUGGACUCGAAGAUGAUGAGCAAGGUCCGAGUAGGUCGGGAAAUGAUGGGCCACACCAUCUUCAUGAGGACAAGUGA